GACAUCCUGUUCAUUUUUAUUUUUUCAAGUGUGCAGGUGCAUCAACUCGCAGUACUUGAACAUUUAAUAAAUAUGAAGGGUCUGUUUGUAUUGCUGCUAGCUCAGGUAAGUGUGCAGCUUCAUUGUGAUAAAACAAUGAUUGACACCACAAUUGGAAGCACAUUCACUAUUGUCUGCACCUACAAAACAAACCAGUUUAGAUUUAAUAAGAAGUACUGGUGUGUUGGAGACUCAAGAGCCUCAUGUGAGGUGCUGAUGGACACAGAUGGAUUUAUUCUGCCUAACUACAGAAAUCGGGCUCAGAUCGUUGAUGCCGUUUCUAGAGGAUUGAUUGUUCUUGUUAAAGAUUUACAGCUGGAUGAUACUGGAAUCUAUUGGGUCGGUAUUGACAAAAUCUAUGCUGAUAUAACGUUCAGGAUCCAAGUUACUGUAAGAAACGAAGCUGUAAUGAAACCAGACGUGUGGCCUCUCAGUUCCCUCGAGAUGACAUGUUGGGGACAACCUGUUACGUUUCGUUGUAGGAGUAAGAAAGGAACGGAUGUGCAGUACACCUGGUACAGAGUUGGACAUCCCAACAACAUUGUCCUGGAUCAAACUCCUGAUUUCCAGUUCCACUGUUUAGACAGCACUGAAAACGAUCAGUUUUUCUGCUCUGCUUAUAAUGAUGUCAGCAAUCAGAACAGUGAAUGGAUUUCUGUGCAAAAUCUGCAGCCUGCAAACAUCGGCUGUAUGUAUCUCAUCACAUCAAAGAUUCUCAGUAGUUAUGAGUGUAUUAGAAGCACAACAUCACCCUCAACGACUAUCCAAGAGAAACACUGGAGCUCCACAACAGCCUCUUACUCCGGAAGUCAAAAUCAAACAAUGUUUGUUAAUCAAACCUGCUUGACGGAAAGCUGUUUUUUAUGGUCUGGUUUGCCACUGUGGUAUGAGUGUCUUCGUUGGGUUCUCUGUUCAGUUAUGAUCACUGCCGUAUGUGUAGUGCACAUCUGCACAAAAUCAAGAUCCAGAAGGCUCAGGGUUCAGGACAAACACCAUAAAGAAAUCUGACUCAGAACCAUGAUCUGGGCUUCCUUAUGGUUGUCUCUGUAUGGACUGCAUGUACAUAAACUGUAAACUGUUUCUGUAGAAAUUACAGUAUUACUGGGUAUUACUGCCAACUAGCUGCCAGUAACUUACUGUAGGUUUUGCUGAGUCCCAAUUCGCCUACUUAUACUACGACCUAAAAGUAUGUACUGGUUUUGUGAGGAAAAGCAAAAGAGUAUGCACUAGUUGCCUAGUUUGGUGGUUUUCAAACUGGGGGCCGCAAGUUGGUGCCAGGGGGGCCCCAGUUUUAUGACAUUUUAUGAAUUAAUCAUGAAUUCUGUGUAAUAAACCCUAAAAAAAUAAGGCUACUAACCAAAAACACUACUUUUUUGUAUAAUUUAAUUUUUUGUUUUUUUUUUAAUUAAAAUGUUGAGUUUUAGAACAGUUUUUUGUCACAAAUUUUCUUUGGGGGGCCGCGAAGGAAUGCACCGUACACAAGGGGGGCAGCACUCAAACAAAAGUUUGGGAAUCACUGGCCUAGUUAAGCACACCACGACUGUUAACAAUAUUUCAUUCAUUCUUAUAACUUAUGUCGAAUAUAAUUUUAUUAACUAUUCCCAUCGUUUUUUGUCAUCGUUUUUUUUCACAAUACAUUUUACAAUGUGUUGUACCAAGUUGGGAGUGAAGCAGAGCGUCAUUAGAACCAAACGCAGGACGUUUGUGAGGCGGCUGGUUCUGGCAUUCAUGUCAAUGUUUGUAACAAUAGCUACUUAUUUUAAAGUCAAAAUAUUUAAAGUUUAUAGUAUAACUAUUGUUUAACGUAUUUUGUACUUAAUUUUAUACGUAUGUAUAUAACUCAAAAAUACCCAGAUGAAAAUGAACCAUGCUUUUUCUAUAGUAAAAGUUUUGUAACCAUGUUUCUUUCGUUGGACUAAUAAAGUUAACCUUUGUACAGCCACAGUAUUACUACAAAUACGCAAGAGGGUCAGUGUGGUUAAACUCCUCCCUCCCGCACGCAAUGGGUUGUGGGCAAUAUUAGCCGUUAGAGUGUGCAUUGAUCUGCACUUCAAAUUCUAACCGGAAAUAGUAGACCAUCCGUGUAUCUUUGGGAUACUCAUUUCAACAUACUACGAUUUGGGACGUACUAAUUCUUGUUUCGAAUACUAUUUAGGACAGAUAAUAUGCGAAUUGGGACUCAGCUUUUGUCUUUACAGAGUAAAACUAAAACAGCAUCAAGCAAAACAUUAUGGGAAACAAAAUCUGAAGCAAAAAACAGAAAAAGGUUGAUGAUGAUUUCUGGUUUCCAGAAUGCUUUGCAUGAGGCUGUUAUUGUAUAGUUUUAUUCUGUAAAGAUAAAGACUUGUUAUAAUUUAACUUUGAACAAACUCUUGCCAGUAAAUAAAAUAAAUUUAAAUCUACGGUAAAUUACCGGCAACCCAGCUGCAAUAACAUUGUAAUUUCUACAGAAUUUUUUUACAGUGCAUAAUUACAGCAUUUUUACAGUUGCUAUUUUACAGGUGUUAGACUUCAGGUGUUAAACGAAAUUACAGGCACACAUAAGGUCAUUCACACUAUAGAAGCAUCACUUUGUUACAUAUCAUCAUCAUCAUCACAUUGUUUAUGUUUUACUAAAAAACAGAAAAGUUUUGCAUGAAAACUAUAUCAUUUCUUUUGUAACUCUAAACAAAUAUCAGACUAUACUUGAGGAGCAAUAGUUUGAACCGGAAAGUGAGUGUUUAAGACGGUCCAAAAUGCCACUGAAAGCCACAAUAUGUUCAACCUUACAUCCUGUUUCAUUUUAAACAACUUGUUGUGGUGCACACAACAUCAACACAUGCAUGUAUACAAAAAACAUUAAGAUGUCCGUUCUACAGCAACUGACAUAUUUGAUGUAUUCCUAUGUAGAAAAUGUUUUUUCCUGUUUAUCUGUAUUUAUUUACAUUGUUUCUUUGAAAUGUACUCAGUAAUUCUCUUUUUAAAAGAUACAGAUGUAUUUCUAUAUGUGAAUUAUAUAGUUAAGAGGCUACACCCAAUGUAUUCUUUUCAAAAAAUUCAGGACCGGAUUUAAUUAAUCAUACCACGGUUACCACAAACAUUGCCCUGGUGGUUAUUUUAAGUAAUUUUGGCAGAUUAGGUGUUUACAGAAAAAUACCCAUGGAACAUUUCUAAACCAAUCAGAAUAAAGCAUUCAACAGUACUGAGGUUAUUUAAACGUUAUUAAAAGGGUUACAAUUUAUUCCCAUGACCUUUAUUAACAGUAGUAUUAAUAAGCUUACUAAAAUUAACAUAAAAAUAACAUAUUCAUUUAAAUUACAUACAACGAUAUCUUACAAUUUUAAAAUGCUAAAAUACUUUAAACUAAUGUAAAAUAAUGGCAUUGUAAUAUAUAUUAUAUAAUAUAUAAUUUCUAUAUAAUAUAUAAUAAUAUUUUAUUUUCAGAAUAAUGUGCACUGCACAAUAGACUAAUGGAUUUACCAUGGAGUUUACUAUUUCUGCGUCACUAGUGCCAUCUAAUGGACCUUUUCUGAGAAGGAAAUUUAGAAACUGUGAAAAUUCUCAUAGACUACAUACCGUACAGUGCCUGAAACAGAUUCUGUUGUUAUAGUUAGCGGUAGUUAGCCUACAUUUUACCUCUAUAAAGAAACUGCAACCUGAAUCUGAAACCGAGGUGGUAAAAAAGUAUUGGGUACUACGUACUGCACCCAAUAGAAAAGCUCCCAAAAGUAAACUGAACCAAACCAAACUGUGGGAUAGGCUACUAUGGAAUGGAAAAGCACCAAAACAGAAAAGUUAUGCUAUCGUAGACCAGUGCAUUUGACACAACACUAAUAUACAUCAUGUUCUGGAGAACAUCUAACUACCUGU